AUGUCUGCCAAAGGUGGUGACGGCGACAAAGCUGUCGCCGCUGCGCAAAAAGAGCAGAAGGAGUGCAGCAAUGAGACCAACACCGAAAUAACUACUGAGGCCGACAAAUCGGCCCAAAAAGCGCCUGCUGAUAAGAACAAGGUUUGUUUGCGUUUUGCAAUGUGUUUGAUCAUUGGUAAAACCGAUAGGGCGGUCACAACCGUCACCGUAGAAAGUCCAACACGAAGGGCGAUGGAAAAGAAGCGACUGGAACCGGAGGAAAUAACUCGACCAGCGGAGGAAACAACUCCCGGAACGGAAGUCGCCACAACAGCCAGAGCGGACCCAAGACCCACGCUCAGCGCAAAGAUUGGUCCGAGCGGAAGAGCCUGAGCCAGGGAGGCAAAGGCGACAAGCAGAAAAACAAGGACGACGAUCAUAAGAGAACUCGAAGCACCAACUGUAAGGCUUCUUCUUCGUUUCCAUAUAUGUCUGUUUGGUUGCAGCGUCGAGUGGGAAGCGAAAUGCUCGCGACUCUACGCGUACCAUGUCGCAAGCUAGCAACGGCGAGGGCUACGAGUACAGCGAUGAUUGUAAGGAUAUCAACACCAGGAUUGAUGUUAUACUUUUCUGAUUUUCAGACGACCUCGACGAGCCUUUCAGCGAUUCUGAAGAGGAGGCUACGCGUACCAGGAAGCCCCAGAAGAUGAGCUUGGCCAUUCCCCGCGGAAGGAUCAGGUUUUUCAUUUUUUAGAUGCGAGUAUAGAACUCAUAAAAAUCAGUAUCAUGCUUGAAAGAGCGUCAAUAAACAAAAUUAUAUGAAUUAUGAAUAGAGAAAUUUUUAGGACACUUUCUGGAACAGUUCCUCUGGUGGGCUACUCGCCUCGUUGGGGCGGACCAACCAUGUGCUUGAGCUGCCUGCAGUUCUUCGACCUCCCUGACCAGAUUCCUCAAUUCGCUGAGCAUUUGCUCAAAGAGCAUAAGAUCGUCGUUUCGGAAAUGAACCUGAUCGUCGACCCAAAACGUUACAUCGAGCAUUGGAGACAGCGUUUUGCAAAAGAAAGCAUCGAGAAGAUCUUCCCAAAAAUUGAGCCCAAGGCUGAGGGAGAACCUUAUCAUGGUGAGAUCAUGCAGUUUUCAACUUGUCUCCACAUUUUACAGUUGAAGGAACGCGGAAAUACUUGGGAAUUUUCAAAUAAUACUAAAUUUCAUAGGCUUUUUUUUUUUUUUUGAACAUAUUUAUAUUUUCAUAAUCGUUCUUAUUCUUCUACCAUAGAUUUAUACGGCGACAGCCUACAUACGAUUUAUUUACUUCUUAUUUUUCAUGAAAAAGGGAAAUUUUUUCGACUAUAUACGAACCUCUUUUUGAGUGACCUCUUAAUGAUCAAUAUUCAGGCGAAACCGACUACUACUACUUCAUGUCGGAGGCCAUAUCUGAGGAUUACACUCUCCGUCAGCGUCUUGCCAUGAGAAGACUCGAGGAGGCGCUUUCUUGCCAGCAGCGAGAACGGUGAGCUACAAAAGAAAAAGUCAUAGCAUUCAUUCUACCGAUUUCAGCGAAGACGCUUCUUUCCAACUCCAGUGCAUCUUCUGUCGCUACAACGCCCGCGGAAACCGUUCGAAGAUCAUCCACCACUUGUACAUGAUCCAUCACUUGAAUCUUGGCUCUCCCGAUAACCUCGUCUUCGUCACCGAGUACAUCGAACAUCUCAAGGAAAAACUUCAGGUAAAACAAUAAAUGAUAGCCCUUAGAAACUUAAAUUUGAUAGAGAAACGAAUGUAUCUACUGCGAAAAGACGUUCUCGGACCGCAACACUCUGAUGGACCACAUGAGAAAGAGGAACCACCGUGAAGUGAAUCCCAAGAACAACUACUAUGAUAAGUUCUACAUCAUCAACUACCUCGAGCUCGGGAAACGUUGGUUGGACGUGUUGGCCGAAGAUUUCGAGGAUACGAUGCCGACUUUCCAGGAUUCUGACGAAGAGGAGGAAGAGUAAGUUUUCUCAAAUAAUGGAAAAAUUGACAGAGCAAUAUUUUGAAAAUAUCAACCUUUUUUUAAACUAAUGAAGAGGGAUGAGUAAGAGAGAGGAAGACAUAAUUAUAUUUAAACAAUUCGAUCUUCACAAGGGAAAUUCUCACAUUGUAGCAAUGAGUGGUGCGAGUGGCAAGAGGAUAAUCUUGACGCAGACGAAACUCGCGUCGUUUGCCUCAUGUGCGAGGAAAGUGAGGAAAACGCGACUCAGCUUCUGGAUCACAUGAAGGUUUUCCCCUUUUCCUCAUUUUCCACUAUAUCUGCAAAGUUCUAGGACAAGCACGAGUUCGACUUGUUGCACUGCAUCAAGGACGGCAAUCAGGACAUGUACCAGCGCAUGCGUCUCAUCAACUACAUUCGCAAACAGGUACUCACUGACAAAAAAUCUUCAUCUGAAUUUCUUUCUUUAGACGUACAAUGCUGAGUGCUGGGUGUGCCUCCAGAAGCCUGGAAACCCACUCGAGCUCCAGAAACAUCUGCAGGAGCACAAGCCUUUGAAGGUGAUAAUUGCGUCAGAAUAACUUUCAAGCAACUAUCAUUUCUAGGAGCUUCCCGAUAAGACCAACUGGGACACAGAGGAGAAUCUGAAGCCUCUAUUCGGCAACGAUCACCUUCUUUGGAUGUUGGAGUCACUCUUGGAUUCCGAGGCCAAAAAGGAAGAUGACCAGGACAAGGAAGCUAAGAAGAACAUCGGAACUCUUAUCGAGCAGAGCAAGAAUGAUACUGUCGAUGGGGUUCGUUUUGAAGUUCUUUCUUUUUUUUUUGUGAAUUUUGAAAAAGUUAUUUAUUCGGUGGUAGUUUUUUUCGAAAGAUUUUUCUAACUGUGAACUGAAUUUUUACCAAGGUUCGAGCAUUUUUUUUCGCUCUUUUUUCAAACAAAAAUUAAAAAGUAUAGCGGUACAUUUAUAAAACCUUUCUUGUUAAUAAACGCACCGAAACGCCUCUACUGAUCCAAACUAAUUGGAUAGUCAGGUUGAAAAAAAUAGUGAAAGAAAAAUCUACUUUAAAAAAAGUUCAGACAUGUUGAUGGAGUAUUAUAUUUUGAAAGAAAAAAUUCCUAUAGUAGUUUCAAAUAAGUAUAAUAAUCGCACUUUUUUCAUUUAGUUGACUUUUUCAUCAAGUUAACAUCUUAUUCUUCCUUUUGUCGAUACCAAGUUUUUUAAAUCUAAAAUUUCUUUAUUGCAGGUCAUCGCCGAAGAUCUGCCGGACCUGCACGAGAUCAACUCCACCGAGCUCGAAGAGCUUUUCUAA